AUGAUAAUCUUCCACAGUUACCGUCUGAGAAAUGACUGUCUGCUCAGUGCAUCAAGCUUUAUGUGAACCAAUGCGAGAUGGAGAUUAGAGCUGGCAAAUGGAGGAAAGUCAGUUUAUUCUGCCCCAAGUACACUGCCGUCUUCCUCUUCCUGGUCGUGUUCGCCGUGUACUUCCUGCAACGUAACAUAAACUUGCUGGAGACUCCAGCAGUGGCCAAUGUAACGGCUGUUCAUCAGUUGUUUCAGAAUAAAACCACCCCCACCACUCCUGUCCCAAACCGCCAACACAUCAACUGCAGCCACCACCAGCUGUUGCCUGAGGAACGCCGCCUGCUGGACUCCAUUGCUUGGCCUGAAACCCCUCGCCUCCCUGUGCCCAUAUCCCUGAAGACGACCUCUGACCCCGCCCACAGCACCUUCACAAUCCUGCCGGUGAGGGCAGGAGGUCAGUGGCAUGUAGGCGAUGAGCUGGAGGCUCUGAUCCAAAUUCGUGACUUUCAGGGUCGUCCAAAACACUUCGGGGGAGAUCUUGUGAUUGCUCGCCUGCAUGACCGGACCCUCGGUGCAGGUGUGGCCGGGCGAGUGGUGGACCACCUGAACGGCUCCUACACCGCUGUGUUUCCAUUACUCUGGGAGGGACGAGCACAAGUUGAGGUGACGCUGGUUCACCCCAGUGAGGCCAUCUCGGUGCUGCACAGGCUGACCAUGGAACAGCCAAACCGGCUCUCCUACUUCAGCCUCUUCCGGUCUGGCUCUGUUUCUGAAACUGUGGCUUGUAACGAGUGCCUGCCUCCAACCCAGCCACUGUGCAAUUACACCGACCUCCACACGGGGGAGCCGUGGUUCUGCUACAAGCCAAAGAAUCUGAGCUGUGAUACCAGGAUCACCCACUUUAGAGGAAGUCCUAAGCACAAUCUCAUGGCCAAGGAGGAGACACUCUUUCGAAGUGGGGUCAACAUGAAGGUCUCCAUCCGAGCUUCAGGGUGCAACAACAUCACUGUGCUGCCAAAGGAGAAAGGACAACCAGAGGUGAAGAGCAGCACCGUGAAGCCUGAGCCUGCUGGAUAUUACUACCAGGGUGCAUGGCGAGCACUAGGGGGCGCCACAGUUCAUCAGUUCAACAACCCCUCUGCCAUCAGUCAGUGUCUGACAGACAAGGUGGUGCACAUGUAUGGCGACUCCACCAUCAGACAGUGGUUUGAAUACCUCAACAGUGUGUUGCCAGACCUCAAAGAGUUUAAUCUGCACAGCGCAAAGAGAACCGGACCCUUCAUGUCUGUGGACAUGGCACGAAACAUCCUGGUGAAGUAUCGCCCCCACGCCCCUCCACUCAGCUGGACGGUCAUCCCAGCCAAUGAGCUGCACUACGUCGCCAACGAGCUGGACGGCAUAGUUGGAGGCUCCAGAACUGUCGUGGUUCUCAGCGUCUGGGCUCACUUUGGCUCUUAUCCCAUCGAGGUGUACCUACGAAGACUGCUGAGCAUCCGCAGGGCGGUGCUGCGGCUGCUGGACAGAGCUCCUGACACGCUGGUGGUCAUCCGGACCGCAAACCUCAGGGCCUUGACACUUGGCAUUGCGCUGACCAACAGCGACUGGUACACGCUGCAGCAGGACAGGGCGCUCCGGGCCGUGUUCAAAGGGCUGAACGUUCACCUGGUGGAUGCCUGGGAUAUGGUCCUGGCCCACCACCUGCCCCAUGAAAUUCACCCACGACCCCCCAUUAUCAAGAACAUGAUAGACGUCCUCUUGUCCUACAUAUGCCCUCAAGAAAAAGCUUAGGUGUGUUGAAGAGUUAGCAUAGAAAGCCAGAGCCACUGAUCUACUGGAGACACAUGGAUGAUUUUUGUCUCAUAAUGUGACUGGUAAUUUGACCCAACAAUCAAGUGUCUGAAAAAGCUUGGCGUUACAAACAAAAGCUGUUAAGAUAAUAGCUUCAUUUGUAAAGU